UUUAAAUUUAAAGUAGAAGACAAUGACAGUAGCGGAGUGGCAGAAGAAGAGAUUUCUAAGACCUGGCUUAGUCUUUAUCCUUAUUUUCUUCUUCGUUUUCUAUACUUGGGAGUCUGGAACGAGUCUCAUCAAUAAGAAGGAGGACCUCUAUAUCGAAACGGACAAGCUCAAAGGGUUCACAGAUGUUAUUCCAGUUCAAUAUACGUUUCAGGAAUUGGAAGAGUUCAUCAGCAAUGAUACUCAAGUUGACGAAUUGAGUUCAAAAGCACCCACAUUGCCCAUAAAUACCGAGCUAGUUACUUGGAUCCCAGAUCCACUGAAUACUACGUGUUCGUAUUUUGUACACACCCCGCAGUGCAAAAUCCCCGCCAUCGAUCCAUUUGCACCUGAAGUGAUGAGAAUAUUCAAAAAAGAGACUUAUAAAAAGUGCGAUGAAAGCGAAGAUUUUAUCACCGUUAGUUUUGACAGACAAAAAAACCGUUAUAAGCUACACCUGAACGUUGAGAACACGAGCUGCUGUUAUUGGCCCAUCAUCCGUCAUGGGAGAGGGCGAAACGCGGAUGAGGAUUAUUACCUGCUGCCUUGUAGUCAUUUCAGUCAGGAUUUUGUGGUCCCUAAGCAUAUAAAUGGCAUCAUAACGAAGUGUCGUCAUGUAAAUGGAAGCACUAUCUUGCAGAAGGACGCAUUUGCUUUUGCUCAGCCGCCACGCAAAAGUUCCAGACAAAAGGCAAAAAAGCCAAGCGUCUUGCUCUGGGGCAUCGAUUCCAUGUCGCGUAUGAAUUUUGAACGCGUCAUGCCGCUGACGUACCAGUAUUUUCAAAAGAAGGCGUGGUUUGAAUUACAGGGCUACAACAAGAUAGGGGACAACACCUAUCCGAAUUUGAUGGCUUUACUAACAGGGUUCCGUGUGGCGGGAGCGCCAGACCCUUGCAAUUCUGAGAUGGUAGGUGGUUUGGAUGCUUGUCCUUUCCUCUGGAAAUACUACAAGAUGCAUGGUUAUUUAACCGCGUAUGCCGAGGACUGGACAAAAUACAGCACCUUUAAUUUCUUAAAGAACGGAUUUGAAAAUCAACCCACAGACUACUACUUGCGACCCUUUAUACUGGCUAUCGAGAAAGAAUUGAAAAAAUACACCAAGCCCAAGGCUUCAAUCUGCAUGGGUCGGCGACACUAUGCGGAGUAUGUUUAUGAUUACGCCGUGGACUUUACCAAUGUUUUGAAGAUGCGACAUUCCUUUGGAUUAUUUUGGACCAAUUCCUUCAGUCACAACUCAUUCUCCAAAUCCUCCUCUAUGGAUAACAAAACAUUACAGUAUAUGCGAACAUUGGAAAAGAAUGGAAUUAUGGAAAACUCGAUCAUUAUUUUUCUGAGUGACCACGGCAUGCGCUUUGGUAAUUUGCGACAGCUCGAGCACGGGUUUUUGGAGGAGUGCUUGCCCGUCCUAUACAUAUGGGUGCCCGAUUGGUUUCGCCGGCAAUAUGCCUCAUUUUCACGUGCUUUGGAGAUAAAUAGGAAUCGCCUGACAUCGCCAUAUGAUAUUUAUGCAACGCUUCAGCAUAUAUUGCAUUUGAAUAACUCAAAGGCCGAUUUGCUCCGUCCAGAUGGCUGCCCUGACUGCCAAAGCGUUUUCUUUGAUGUCCCAGAGACUCGAGGCUGCGAAGAUGCGGGAAUUCCCGAGCAUUGGUGCACCUGUGUUAUGUAUAAGGAUAUAAGUACGCACUCUGAAGAUGUGUUGGACAUGACCUUACAAUUGAUUGAAACCAUGAAUGCUUACCUAGACUACAAGAAACAUUCUUGGACUUGUCGAAAACUUAAGCUGUUCCAAAUUAUCUCAGCAAAGGAGAAAAUUAAUUCCAUUGGCAAUUUGCAUAUAUAUCGUGUUCAAUAUAGCACGAGACCCAGGAGAGCGCUGUUUGAGGCGACUGUCCAAUGGAACAAUCUAACAAAACUUAUUGGCAUCAACAUAACAGAUAUUACUCGCCUGAACUCGUAUCACAUUGAUUCAGAGUGCUUAAAGGAUAAGUCUGCUAAGAAGUUUUGCAUCUGUAUCUAGCAGAGAAGAGGAAGGAGUAGAAUGAACCGCAACAACCCCAAAGCAAUUAUGUGGCAAUUAGCACAACACAGCAGCAAUUGCCACAUAAAAGAUGCAUUCGCUUCCGUGCGUCCACUCUGGUAUCUCGUGGGCAUUGUUCCGACCUCUUCUCUCCCUAUCGCAAGCGACAAUCUCUUGGUCGGAAGUUGCCUCCUGCUUCCAAAACAUGCCGGCUGUUUGUGAUCGCAGUACGAUUGUGUAAAGAACAAAUUAGUUGACAAUUACAUGAGAAUUGUCUGCUUUUCAUAGAUAAUGGGCAGUAGAGAGUCCAUUCGAAAUGCCGACACAACUCAGAUUUUAUUUCACAGUCCGAUCGGUUAACAGAUAACUGGAAAAAUUAUGGCCUGCUUUUAAGGGCUAAACAUAUUGAAAGUAUCAAACAGAUUAAAUUAACAGGCGCUUUCGAAAUCAAUUAACGUACGGUUUGGUUAAUUGUUAUACUGUGUGUUUUUGUAAAUUAAUUGGAUUGAAAACAAAUAUUUGAAUAAACACAUUUCACCACCUUAUUCGAUAAUAAA